AUGUCGUUAGCCAUAGAUCCCCCUGCAUGCACAGUACCGGCGGCGGGUGGCAAAUCAAAGCAUUCCUUAAUGAAUGGCAGUGAAGCGAAGAUAAUCAUCAAAGUGAAAUGCACAAACAAUACCGAAUAUCGUAUGAAUCCUGUAUAUGCGUUCAUCGAUCCAGCUGGAAAGAUUGAUCUAGAAGUGACGCGAUUGGUACGUUUUUCUGAUUGGUUGGGUAAGCUCCGCCUAACUAAGAGUUUGGUGCGUUUGCAGGAAGGCCCAGCGAAAGAAGAUAAGGCAGUGAUACAAUUUGGUCCAUCACCAGAAGACGCUACAGAUCCGACAAUAGCAUGGCCCUCAAUACCUCCGGAACAAAUUCAAUCCGCCACGCUACCCUUGUCUGCUACUGCAUAA